UGGCUGCAGUCUGCCACUCGCACACUCCAGCUUAUGGGCGCCACACCCGAGACGUGGGUGGGUCACCUCUCCACGCGCCUGCGUGGCGGUCCUUUCGAGGCCUGGGAGGAUUUCUAUGCCUACUCCCUUCGUGAGGGUUGGACUCCGACCUUCGUGGAUUUUCAGGCGUUCCUCGAGGAUCGCUUCGGAGCCCGAUACGACGUGACUGACGCCUUCGAGCGUGUCGUCACUACACGCUGGUCCGGCUCUGGUGGCGCUAUCGGACUGGAUCGCCACAUCCAGGUCUUUCAGGACGCCCGCCUCGUUUACGACAUGGCGUUCCUCCCCGAGGUUGCCCUUAUCGAUCGUUUCUUGGCCAGCCUUCCACUUGAGUACCGCUCCGAGCUAUGGCGGUACGAGUUCACAUCGGCCCCACAGGCUUACGAGGCCGCCAGGGACCACCAGCGGAUGCGAGCCCGUCUUCACCCCGCCUCCUCCUCCCAACCCCAGCGCACGGGCUACGCCUCCUCCUCCUCUCACGGCACUUCCCAGCGCCGUUCCCCUUUCCGCAGUCGCCCCCGCAGUUCCACGCAGCAGGGCUGCCACUUCUCGCGCCGCUUCAGCGCGCUGGAGUAUGGUGAGCAGGACGCUGUUGCCCCACUGUCACCUGAGGACGACCACAACGACGACCUCGAUCUCUGCGAGGCCGCUCGUCAGGAGCGACUCACCCUCCAUAUCGCUGCACGACGUCGCCUUCUCGCCAUCCUCUCUAACCCUGAUCGCACCCUCCUGAUCAUCCCAGUACGACUCGGGACCUCCACGAGGGUGUACUCAGCGCUGUGGGAUUCCGGUUCUCAGUGUGACUUCAUUCACCCACGCGUGGUGAAGGAAGCCCGCUUACCCACGACAGGGUCUCCGACUCCCAUCUCCGUUACCCUAGGGGAUGACAAGACCCAGCGCUUCUUCGAUCAGACGGUCCCCAACCUCCCUUUCUUCCUCACUCUUGAGCCGACUGAUCGCUCCCCGGCGUCUCGUCGCCACCGCUCCUCUGCACAUUUCGAUGUGAUGGAGACGGGGUACGACUUCAUUCUCGGCACUCCGUGGUCUCGUCGGUUCCGCAGCACCGAGGCCGAUUGGGCGACCAACACYCUCGUUCUCAAAACGAAGUGUGGACAGACGUAUCGCGUACCUUUCAUAGGUACCACGGCGACACCACGCCCYGAUCCUCCUCCCCCRRRGCCUUYAGUGCCCACACCAUCUCCCUCUAUCACGGUCACCUCGCCUCGGCAGUUCGCUCACUUCAUUCGACAGGACGACGUCACCUUCUUUAUGGUGGACGUGACGGAUUUCUUACAUUAUGAUCCACCCUGUCCCGACACCGAGCUCAUCCCUCUGGAGCCAGAUCCUCCCUCUAUCUCUAUGACUCCCAUCUCUACUUCCGUCCCUUCGCCGUCCGUCGAGUCCACCAUGCCAUCGUUCGCUGACGCUGACGCUGAGGAACUCGCACGAUAUACGGCUGACUUGGAGCCCGCAGUUCGUGACCUCAUCCGAGAGUACCACGACGUUUUCCCAUCGUCGUUCUGGUACGCCGGCAUCCCACUGAUGCGUGACGUCGAGCACUCCUUUCAGCUUGUGCCUGACUAUCGUGUUCACCACCAGGCACCCUACAGACUCUCGAUCCCCGAGGCCACCGAACUCAAGCGUCAUCUUAAGGAGCUCUUGAGACUGGGUUUCAUUAAACCCAACAACUCCCCGUGGGGUGUACCCGUCCUCUUUGCUCGCAAAGCGGACGGAACUCUCCGCAACCGCUUCUUUACGAAGAUUGAUCUUCGUAGUGGUUACCAUCAGAUCCGCGUCGCUGCAGUCGACCAACCGAAGACCACGUUCCGAUCGCGAUUCGGCCACUACGAGUUCACUUUGAUGCCAUUCGGCCUCACUAAUGCUCCCGCUACCUUUCAGAGGGCGAUGAACGACAUCUUCAGGGACAUCCUGGAGCGGUACGUUCUCGUCUACCUCGACGAUAUCCUGGUUUAUAGUCGUACCCUUGAGGAGCACCUCAGACACCUCCGCGACGUCCUUGACCGCUUGCGCAAACAUGGCUUCUACGCCAAGCUGAGCAAGUGUCGCUUUGCCCAACACAAAGUGGAUUUCUUAGGACACUACGUGUCUGACCAGGGUCUCCACAUGGACGACGCGAAGAUCACUGCUAUUGCGGAGUGGCCCGCCCCCACAUCCGCCAAGCAGCUUCGCAGCUUCCUAGGCCUGACCAGCUACUAUAGUAACUUCAUCCGGGGAUACGCUAGGUAUUCUUACGUCCUUACCUCCACCCUCCUUCGGAAGAACCCAUCCUGGGCUUGGACACCCCUCCACGAGGAUGCCUUCCGCGCCCUCAAGAAGGCGGUGACAUGCGCACCGGUUCUUCACCUACCCGAUUUUGAUCGUCCUUUUAUCCUUACCACCGAUGCGUCAGACUUUGUUGUAGGAGCAGUGCUUUCUCAUGUCUUCCCCUCCUCUCCUGAUUCCUCUCAUCCUCGUAUCCCUCGCUUCCCACCACCUACCCCUACCACUGCUUCCCGACUGACGCCUACUCGUCCAGCUACUGACGAGCCUCCUAUUGACUAUUCUCCUACCAUCGCCGAGGAUGGCACUGUCGAGACUCGCUCAGGUGAUUGUCCGAUAGCCUUCUACUCCCGUCAGCUCCUGCCCGCCGAGAUAAACUACACUGCUGAUGAACGUGAGGUUCUCGCAAUAGUUUAUGCCGCUCGGCACUGGCGUCACUACCUGCACGGGGCACCAUUCAUGGUGCGCACGGACAACUCUGUUGUCCAGGUUUUUCUGACUAAGUUGACGCUCACUCCUCGACAGGCUCGCUGGUGGCGCAACCUAUCCGAGUUUAGUUUCACCACUGAGCACAUCAAGGGUAAGACUAAUCGGGUCGCAGAUGCCCUAUCCCGGCGCCCUGACUAUGACCAGGAGCACAUCCAGCUCUCUUCCAUCUCGGUCACCACCGUCCACCACUUGGUGAUCGACGAGUUUCGCACUCAGUACCGCCACUGCCCCGACUAUYGYRACAUCCACGCGACCCUUYGGAGUGGYAAGACCGUCCCGAACUACUCUCUCGGGGACAACGGUCUUGUGUACUGGCACGGUUCACAGGGCACCAGAGAGCCCCGUAUUUGCGUUCCCUCCACUGAACAGCUAUGUGUCCGAGCAAUACCAGAGUUCCAUGACCAGGCAGCCGCCGGUUAUAUGGGAUUCCACAAGACGUUGGCUCGUGUGAGCCGCCUGUACGUCUGGCCGAAGCACAAGGACUCUGUGAAGGACUACGUCGCCGAGUGUCCCACUUGUCAGGAGGUGAACAGUGCGAACCACCUGCCUUAUGGUUUGCUCCAACCUCUUCCUAUCCCUGAGGGUCGUUGGCAGUCCAUCUCGAUGGACUUUAUUGGUCCUCUUUGUCCUCCGACCCCUUGCGGUCAUGAUGCUAUCCUGGUCGUCGUCGACCGCUUCACGAAGCGUGCACGCUUUGUUCCGUGCUGCUAUGCCAUCAGUGCACGUGAGGUCGCCGACAUCGUGUUUGACCGAGUCGUGCGUGACCACGGCUUACCUCUGAGCAUCAUAUCUGACCGUGACCCGUGCUUUACCAGCCGAUUCUGGCGACGGCUCCACGAGGUAUACGACACUCAGCUCCGCUUCUCCUCGUCUUACCAUCCUCAGACUGAUGGUCAGACCGAGAUCACGAACAGGACUCUUGGAGAUAUUCUUCGCAAGAUUGUUAGUGACGACCAGCAGUGGGAUCUUCAUCUUGGCCACGCGGAGAUAGCCUACACCCACGCCGUCUCGCUAGGCACGGGGAUGUCGCCUUACUAUUGCGACCUCGGCUAUCACCCUCGUGUUCCCGCAGACUUUCUUCGACCGUCACAAAUGCACCCCGACACGAGUUGUCCUGCGCUGGAUGAUUGGGUUGUACACAUGAUGUCGAUCAUGAAGACCGCACAUGAGCACAUAGCCGCUUCCCAAACUCGCAUGGCAGCACGUGCGAACCGAUCGAGGAUGAACCAUCCAUUCAAAGUCGGUGAUGAUGUGCUUAUCGACGCCCGCCACUUACAGCUCGAAGCGAACACGCUUCGCAAGUUUCGGCGUCGCUUCUUUGGUUCAUGCCGCAUCCUCCAGGCCGUCCGUUCUGAUAUGGCAUCUAGCCCGGUCAGCUUUCGUGUGAAGCUGUCCGACUACCUACGCCAGGCUCGUGUGCACGAUGUCUACUACGUCUCGUUACUGCGUCCUUACCGCCGACCAUCCGAGCGUUUCACUGGACGACCAUACGAGCGCCCUCCACCCCUCAUGGUGGACGGCCACGAGGAGUUCCUCGUUUCAGACAUCAUUGGUUGCAGAGUCACCGACGACAACCCUCCCCACGUCGAGUAUCUCAUACGUUGGAAGGGUUACCCUGAUGAGGAGGCUACCUGGGAGCCCCUCGAGCACUUGCAGCACGCUCGCAUGUUGGUUCGUGCCUAUGACCGUGCUCGUCGUGCUGGGUUCACUGCUCCUCCUCAGCCCACUGACCCUCCUCCUUCUCCCCCGGCUGAGGAGACCGCUGAAGUCGAGCCUGCUCCAUCUGAGGCAGACCUUCAGCAGCAGCCGGAUGCUUCUGAGCGUCCACAGCGCACUCAUCGUCGUCCUGCUCGAUACGACGAUUGACUCUGACUUACCUUCCCACGUCUUUGACUUCUMAGUACUCCAUCCACAUCAGUUUUGCUACUUCAGCUC